GCAGCACUAGCCGAGAAGGAAGUGAAUCAUCUGAAAGAUCAACUGGCUGCCGCCAAACAGUCUCUCCAAUUGGCUGAUCAGAUCCAGAAGGCUCCUGACAUGGAGCAGGCUGUUGACGUUGUGGCCCGGUCUUCCCUAGAGUUGGAGCUCGCAUCCAAGGAGAAGGAGAUUUCACAGCUGGUCGACGAUAUUCAAAGGUUGCAGACUAUACUCAAUACUCUACAAGAGACAAGUGCCUCGAAAAUUGCUCAACUCGAAGAACUGGUCAACGAAAAGGACAAAAUGAUCGUUGAACUAGGUGAAAAAUUGGUCAGACAGCAAGAUUACGACGAAAUCAAGAAAGAACUGAGUAUACUGAAGUCUGUAGAAUACAGUAACUCCAGGACAUGGGAAGGUUCCGACGAAAACAAAAAUCCAAAUGACAAACCACCCGACCUCAUCAAAGAAAAUAACAAAUCGUCACAUUCCGAGAUCAAGUCUAUCAAAUCUAUAAAAACAGAAGAAAAUGGCUCAUCUCAUAACUACCCCCUACGAAGCGUCGACAGUUUCGGUACGAUGCUGGGACAAGAAAUUGUUACGAAUUACGCUCAAAACAUCACGAAAGAAGAGGUUACCAGUCGGCCUUCUUCCCCUGUCACCAAAAGUACAGAAAGCUACCCGCUGUCGUCGGCCACUGUCUCCAGCAGUAAUGCACAAGAAGACAGGAAACCUUCCCCUCCAGCGCUGGACGAGGCCACGUCUCCUCCUCUACAGUCCGCUGUCAAUUUAACUUCUGAGCGGUCAUCUCCUUCUGGCAACAAUCACAGUUUGAAAGACAUUGCGUCGCCUGUUAACGACAACUCAUCCCUCGGCAAACUCCAGGACUGCCUGAGGCAUAAUAUUGACAAAUAUGCUAAUGAAACUUUGAACACUUUGAACAUUGCGAGGUGUGUCAGGGAAUUACUUAGCGUGCACAACAUAGGCCAAAGACUUUUCGCAAAAUUUGUGCUAGGUUUGUCACAGGGCACGGUCAGUGAGCUGCUGUCCAAGCCAAAACCUUGGGACAAACUUACUGAGAAAGGUAGAGACUCAUAUCGAAAGAUGCACGCUUGGGCUUCCGAUGACCAGUGCAUAGGAAUGCUGAAAUCUCUUGUUCCAAGGAGAGUGGCUGAAAGAAGAUCAACUCUUCUUUCUUCUCCACCAGGCAAAGACUGCGUCGGAGGCAGCGGAGGUGGCGUUGGACUUUCUGCGUACAAAUCGGACGAUCAGGGAGCCGAAGAGAGAAUUGCACAGAUCCUUAACGAAGCACAAAUGGCUAUGAUGAAACAGCAGGAGCAAAAGAGCCCGACUUCCUCAUUGCCGAAUGGAAGCAAUGGAGACAACAGAUCUAUGGACAGUUGCGAUGAUAUUCGUGGUGAUGGAAGCGAUUCCAAACACAAUCUCAAUUCAAGAGAGGCCACAUCUAAUACGGACAAAUCUUUUAGGAGAUCGCGGAAAUAUGAGAAUGAUGAUAUCCCUCAGGAAAUGGUAGCGCGUAUUUAUCAAGAAGAACUAGCAAAGCUCAUCGGACAAAGGGUCGAGGAAGGGUUCAGAACACCCCGAGAUCAGUUCGAGAGGACUCAAGAAGAAAUUCGUCAAGCGCUGACAAUAUAUCACCAAGAACUUACCAGGUUAUCUCACUUAAUGCCACCAAACCACCAUCCGAAUUCGUUUAACCCUUUUACUGCGAAUGGAAGCUCAUAUAAUCUUUCGCAUCAUCAUAACAGCAAUAGUAAUUCUGCAGUUAAUAACAGUAAUACAAAUGGCAACAGUCAGCCCUUACAAGAAUGUCCAGUAGACGCUACUAUGAGCAGCAGAUCUAGGUCCGAAUCCAAGAUGACAACUUCAGGUAGAGAAGAACCAGAGAUGCGACAUCAUGGAAGUGCCUUUUCUCUUGUGAGACCUAAAACUGAGACCACUCUGUCUUCUUCCAUGAAUAGCAAGUCUUCGACUACCACAACCACUUCAUACCAUCUCCACACCACCUCUCCCGCCCCUCCUGCGUUGUUGUCACUUUCCGAAUCAAAGACAUCGAGUCCUGGAGCGCCUCAAAGCGGUUCUGAUGAUUUAGUGACAUCGGCUUCACCGCUGCAGAGGAUGCAAUCAAUCACCAAUUCAUUAUUAUCUCAGUCCUCUCUGCCAUCAUUGCCCAAUCCACCGCAGCGGCCAGCCAAGGCUGUUUUGCCACCUAUAACUCAGCAACAAUUCGAUCAAUACAACAAUGUGAACACUGAAGACAUAGUUAAAAAGGUUAAAGAACAGUUGAGCCAAUAUUCAAUCAGCCAGAGACUUUUCGGCGAGAGCGUACUCGGAUUAUCUCAGGGAUCUGUCUCCGAUCUGCUUGCACGCCCGAAGCCCUGGCACAUGUUAACACAGAAAGGACGGGAGCCUUUCAUCCGUAUGAAGAUCUUCCUAGAGGACGAGAAUGCUGUGCAUAAGUUAGUUGCAUCCCAAUAUAAGAUAGCACCCGAGAAACUCAUGCGAACAGGAAGCUUCGGUGGUGCUACCAAUCCUCAAGGCAUCAUGACUUUCGGUUCCAACAAACUAAGUCCUCGGCCCAUGGAAUCAAGUCUACGAACGACGGACAAUCGACAGCUCACUCAAAACAAUACACUGUACUCUUCCCACAACCAUCCUCCUCGUUCCGUUUGCGGAACUCCGGACAGCAUGCCUAUGUCUUUGACAGUCACCUCUUCCACCACUCCUUCAUCUACCAUCCACAGCAGGAAAACACCGACCAUAAGCCGAGGUUACAAUCAGCCUUCCGUUUACGAGAUGGCGGCCCUCACCACAGAUCUGGAUACUCAAAUCAUCACUUCCAAGAUCAAAGAAACCCUCAUGGCUCACAACAUUGGCCAAAAAAUAUUUGGCGAAGUUGUUCUUGGCUUGUCUCAAGGAUCUGUCAGUGAACUUCUUUCGAAACCAAAGCCCUGGCACAUGCUGAGCAUCAAGGGGAGGGAACCUUUCAUAAGAAUGCAGAUGUGGCUCAACGAUCCGCACAAUGUUGAAAUGUUACAGACGAUCAAGAACGAGAGGAGAGAAGCCAAUAAACGCCGUAGAACUGGUGAGAAUCCAAUGGACAGUCCAAGGAGCCAGUCAGAGGGAGGUCAGUUGUACAAUAACUACAGCUUUGCUCCCCCGUCACCCUAUCCUCCGGCCAAGAAACCGCGAGUCUUGUUUACCGAGGAACAGAAGGAAGCCUUGCGAUUGGCUUUCUCACUGGAUCCUUAUCCUAGCACAGCAACUAUUGAAUUCUUAGCCACUGAACUCAAUUUAUCGGUACGGACUAUCACAAACUGGUUCCACAACCACCGGAUGAGAAUGAAACAGCAUUCUUCAUCGGAUGAUGAACAUGGUAGAAAAGGAACCGAUUUAUCUUUGCCCCCACCCGUUAGAGAGGGCAUGGCUUUUGAUCCAGUCCAGUACCGCAUGCUGCUAAAUCAAAGACUUGCGGAGAAAUGCCGAGAGAAAGGGGGACCGCAAUUUGUGAGUCACUUCGGAGGGAGCAUGCCGUAUUUGUAUUCACCUUAUCGUAAUUGCUCUCCCCUUUCCUCAUCAGGUGAUGACGUUGGGACGCUGGACUUAAGUAUGUCUAGUCAACUGCGAAAUGCCAUCAAUAGCGGUGCAAAAGCGGACACCACAGGCGGUAGCAGCACAGAUGAUCGUUCGAACAGUGAGAUGAACGAUGACUCCAAUCUUUCCCAGGACAAUCUCACACAAGGUGAUAAUAGUGAUCGCGAAUCAGUAGAAGAUAGUCAACCUCCUCAUCGUCAGAGCUCUUCACCUCUAAGGCCAUCUGCAGGUAGCGAGUCAACACGACCAACUACAGGUGUAGUCAGUACUGGAAGUAGCAACAGAAGAAAACCCGCGAUGCCCCAGUGGGUAGAUCCAGGUUUAGAACUGUCCCCAGAAAACACAGAUGACGAAGAGGAUUUGGAUGAUGAUGACCAGUUAGGCGACGAAAGUGCAACUGAGCAGGAAGAAAUAAUCAAUGGGGUUUGUGUUCGUCAAACAGAGGAUUUCGAUCUCCUUUUACCGUCUCGAGUAGAGACGGUACAUGUGCUUCCUGUGCCAGCACCAGACGAUAGAUCCUCCUCAAAGUGCCACCCGCCUCGUAGUGACAAUUCUCGUAGGACUACGGUCGCUAGCCCUGAACGAUCAGACAAUGAAAUGGAGGGCUUGACGAAUGGUAUGAAUGAUCACGAAACUUCUGAACAGUGUAUAAAAGACAAACUUUUGUCUGUUAAUAUGAUGGACAGUACGACGCUCAAAAAACCGGUCUUCCUCGAAGAACAAGACGAUGAUGAGAGUUGGGAUGACGCCGAAGCAAAAGAUAGGCGUAAAAAUAUCGAAAAACUUCAGCAAAGGCUGGAAAAGGAAGAUGUUGGUGAAGAUUGGGAAUUUUGAAUUUUUUUAGAAACCCAAACAAAUGAAACUUUAAUUUAAAAGUAAUUAAUUUAAAACCAAUGCCAUUUGUGUAUGUGCAUUGUGUCUCUUUCACAGCAUCGAAUUCUCAGACUUAAAUGAAUGAUGUCACACUGAGAUGUGAUGGACGAUCAUUUCAUUGUUAAACUCACAUAUAAAAACCGCACCAUAGUUUUCACGUGGACUUUAUCCCGGUGUAUAAAAGAGUGGCCUUAACUUCACUAAUCGGAAGAUUAUAAAAAUAAUGAUGUAUGUCAAAGAUGCGUGGGAAAUAAUGAUUUUCAUGACAAUGACGAUCAAGGCUGAGAUUUUCUGCAAUGUAAUGUGAUACAUAAUUCUAUUUCUUCACUUUUACAAUUCUCACGCCUUGUCAUGUUUCAGCGCACGGAUAUUGCUCAGCCCGUUGAACAACCCCUUCAACAAAACGACAACCUUAUGAAUAUAUAAAGUAUAGCAAACAAGCAACGCAAUGAGCACGAGCUUAAAAAAAUAAUUUGUUUCUUCUGCUUGCAGCAUGAUUGCGUGCGACUGAUGUCGACUUUGAGCUGAAUGCAAAAGGAAACGAGUGGUCAGUGGACAAUGCAGUACCUCACUUGUGUGUUUUUAUGUGUUGUAAAUUGAUCUCUUCUCCCUUUUACAAGACGGUACCCAUCGACCUACACAGAAUCUAUUAUUUUCUCCGAGUAAUAAAAAUUAGUUUCUCCCAUUUAAGGAUCGUCCUGUCUCAAGAUUCAUGUAAAGCACUUAUUAUAAGAUUGUAAAUAGAGAUAAUAAAACAAAACACAGAAAAAAAUGGCAAAAAGCACACUGCUAUGUCAAACUGUUUGCAGUAUAAAUUGGAGUUUUUCGGAAGGAAUCAAAAGUCCUAAUUUUUUGCUUUUUGCUGCAUAAAAUAAUAAUAGCACAAAUUUCUCUGUUUCUGUUACGUUUCAUCCAUUUUUCUCGCAAAGUUUUUCUCCGUAUCAAAGAAGCAUUUGUGUGUUGUCUUGCACAAGUUAUUGCGAAUCUUGAACAAUACUUUAAAUGUUGUCUCUUUUUCUACCCAUUUUUGAAAAAUUUCGAUCUCUUAUUGUACGUUAUCGUGUUUUUUGGGUCCUUUACAACCUUGUGACACAAUAUAUUAUUACAACGAUGCCUUUCUUCAUGGUGCACCUGACUACCGACUGGUGGUUCUUCUUUCAAAAUGCUACCGACCCAAGGACUGAGAUAGGUGUUUCACCGCCUCAAAUCUAUUUAUGAUCUUAGGACUAGAUCAUUUCUAGUCGAUUGGUUUGUGGAUACAUGCAUUUAGUUAACACCAUGUAAAUAUUAUUAUUAUUAUUAUUUUCCUGUUUUGUGUUUGUAUCUUUUAAAUGUAUUUCAUUUUCGAAAACUCUCCCAGUACUUUUCGACAGUCACGUGAACUGUUUACAUCUUCUGCAGGCCAGAAUUUAUUGCAAGAAACAACUCUUAAUUAAUUUUAACGCAAUUCAGAAAAACCUUCUGGAUUUUUUCAUAAAGUUUACAUAAUUGUUAUAGUCCAUUUAUUAAUUAAUUAUUAAUAAGUUUAAUUUCUGAAUUGUUUUCCCCACUUCUUUUAAAAUUAUAUUUCUUUUAUGGUGCUUUGUUAUAUAUAUAGCAUGCAUUUUAAACUGAAUCAUUUGAAGCUCUUAAAAAUUAAUUUUCAGCAAGAAAAUAUAUUUUAUCACUGCAGAACAAUAAUGAACAAUUCCGCGAUUUAUCAUUAUAGAAUUUUUUAGUAAAUUUACUUUACAAAAGUUUAAUUUUGGUUUACUAAACUUUUUUGGAACUGUGCAGGUCACACAUCAUUUAAAUAAAUCUUUCUGUUUGUAUAUCAUCAGAUAUAUAUCAAUAAUAUUAAUUUUCGCAAAGAUGUAAUGAAAUUCUUAUUAUUUUCCAACAAGCAGAGAAGUAAAAAUUAAAAUUUUCUGCUUAUUUAACUUUAAUUGAAAAAGAUUAUUUCAUUAUAAGAACCAUUCAGCUCUGACUUUAUUAUAUUCAUUAAAUUUUUACAAAAUAUUAAAAAAAUUAUUUAAAAAAAAUAAAUCAUACGUUUUGUGUCCAAGUCAUUAAACCAAAGCCCUGUAUUUAAUUUAUGCAGCCAAGAAAGUCGUUUUCGAGAAAGAAAUUUUAAAGUACCAUUUUCUAAAUGGAGCAAAAGUUAUUUAAUGAACAGAUUUUAUUAAAAAAACUAUUACGAGUGAUAUUUAAGUUCUUUUAGUUAGAUUAUUUCAUUAUUACCAGCGAUUUUUAGUUCUUUAAAUUUUAACAUAUUCUGUAGUAUCGAGUCACAGCAAAUAUCUUGCAAUUAGCUUUGUUUCAAACCGUUUUCUGAAAUAUUGUAGUAAUUUUUAUUUUUAUUUAUUAAUCAUUUUUAAUAAUUUAAUAAUCUAUAUUUAUUAUAUUCCUUCCGAGAAUUUUCUACCCGGUAGUAGUGAAUCUCCGAACAAAUAGUUUGACCAUAAUAACGAUAUUAUAGAAUCCUAAAGGCGAACUGUUAACUUAAACUUUUUACAAGGCAAAGAAUCAUUCCCCUUCCCCAAUAAUAAUAUAACUGAACUUUAAUGUAAAGCAUAUAAUAGAAUUAUAAUAGUAUAUUUUAAACGCCAUAAAACUUGUUGUAUUUUUCAAUUAUAAAUUAUAUGUGACAUCCUAAUGAGCUCUAGACUUGUCUGACUGUUUACCGUUUAAAUGUACAUUUAUUCUCUAAAGCCUUUUUUUUUUCCUGAGGGAGGAUUUAGAAUACACAGCUAAAAUACAUAAUUGUAUAAUUAGUUACUUAAAUUUGUUUUUCUUAUACAGAAAUGUUUUUGUUUGCAGAAUAUUCUGAGAAAAGGAACUCUUAUUUCUUAAGAAUUAUUUGCUUAAAACACCUAAUAUUCUUCAAGACGAUAUCAAAUAAUAUUUCUUCGCUGCACUUUUUUAAAUAUUCAAGGCACUAUUCUGUAUUUUGAAAUGCUUUAAUAUCAUUAAUUUUUGCAUUUGAAGCGAAAAGAAAUGAGCUAUUUGACAUGUCCUAAAAUAGUGGGAGAGUUUAACAAAAAAAUCCCUGUCCUUUUGCUCAGUCCAUAAACACUGGUGCCAACUGAUAACAAAACCUUCUGAUGUUCUCUGUUACCCCGAGUGAUUUGUUGAUAUCCAAAUCCUUCCGAAAGAUGAAAGCAGAAGGAUUUUAAAAACCCGACCUGUGUUGUGCAAGAAGUUCUUUUUAUAUGAUGCAUGUAAUGCACACCACAUACUUGUUCUUACACUGUUGAUAUUUAAAUAAUUGGAAUUGCUUGAAUUACUAUUAAGUACUAUCUGAGUAUGACUCACAGUAUUGUGUUUAGCACAAAUUUUUAUCAGUUGUUUAACUUAAUGGAAAUAUGUUUAUUCCUGGCAUGGAACAUGUUCAUGAUUUCAAACUGUUCACCUUCCUCUUGCAAUUUCAUUAAGAAUAUUUUCUUAUGUAACAGUUAUGUUUUUUAAUAUAUGUGAGUAGGUCCAAAAAUACGUUCGUUAAGUAUCCUAACGUAACAGCGAAUUUCUUCGUUUAGUAACUCAGUUCUGUUGUUCAACACUUUUCAUCAUAAUCACUUAAAAGUUUACAAAUGCACUUUAGUGAGUAAAAGCUCUUUAGUUAACAAUUUUUAUUAAAAAUAAAAAUUUUCCAAGUGGUAUUUAAGUUCUUUAAAAUUUAACAUACAUUAUUCCAAUCGCAGCAUAUAUCUUAUAAAAGAUUUUGUUUUAAAUAUCUUUCCUUCGAUUUCUCACAAAUUUGUACUUAUUUUGAUUUUAUAAUAAGUUAUAGUAAUUUAAAAAGCAAUAUUUAUGUUAUUUUUUCGAAGAAUUUCGUAACUGUUUCAAAUUAAUCUCCGAUUACAAAUCUUUCAAUAAAAAUGAAGUAUUUUUUAUUCAAAUAUCAGAAUUCAGCUAUUCAACAGCUUUCAAUAUAAACACUUAAAAGUUUAAAUUCGAUUUCCUAAAUGAGAUAAAAUUUAUUUGAGUAACAGUUUUUGCAUUCUUGUGCAUUUCAUAUUUGUAUUCGCCAAUGUUGAUGCUUUUCAUUAGACUAUAAAUUCAUUGUUCGUAUUACUCUCAAAGUAGAUGAUGACAUCACUUGGGAAUUAAUCUGGUUCUAGUUUCGUCUUAAUGUUAGAGUGUUAAUGUGAUGUCAGAAGUAUUCUUGCUUUUCCUCAAAAUAAAUCUUAUGUGGAGGGAAAAUUGUUUGUUGACUGAGAUAAAAUACUAUCCCAUUGUUCCUGUUAACUCUCUGAUUCGUAUUAUCCUUUGCAAAGUUAUUAUCCUGUUACUGGGUCGUCCUGGCGAUGUUAUUAAAGCAAUUCAGAAGCAGUCAUAUAAUGUAAGGAAGGAAGCUGUUGUGAACCAAAACUUGCAUGAACAGAUAAUGCUAAGUUGAUCAAAUGUUGUCCAUCUAUUACUGAUAAUCCUUACUUACAGUAUACUUCUUAAGGUUAGCUAUCCUUUUUUUUUCUUUGAUUGCCUUGAUAUCAAUCCUGGAAAAGUUGUUAACAUCCUGAAUAAAGUUGAUAUAUUACGUCAUUACGUCAAUUCUGCAAAAAUUGAUAAUCUGACAGUGAGAAAUUUCAUUGAGAGUCGCGAGCAAUGAGUCUGUCUUCAGCAGUAAAGCAUUGGCAUGGGUGGUGAUUUGAGUAUUUUAACUGUAUGUAUGAAAUUGCUUUUUAAUCUCCCGUCAGUUGCAAAGGAAUAAUAUAUUUUUUGAUUAAUCUUAAACCAGGGGUGUCAAACUGGCGGUCUGCGAAUAUAUUUCAGUUAUGUAUUUGUUGCAAAUAUGCUUUCACAAAGAUUUCAAGAUUUUAGAAUUUCUUGUUUAUAUUAUUUUCAAUUCCAUUAAACGUGAACAACGAGAAAGAAAUUUUGUGAAUGUAGUUAGUUAAUUUACAGUGUGAUAUAAAUCUUAUUCAAAGCUUUUAACGUACAGGUUUCACUUAGUUUAUAUUAUUUUUCGUACUUGUUGAAAAAUAAAUACUCAAUUACUAACUUUUGUACUAAGAAUAAUCAUUUUGUUUAGGAAUAUAUUUAUAAGCAAAAUAGAUUUUUUUCACAGUUGAAAACUGAUAAAGAACACAUGACAUGUGAGCAUUUACAAUGCAAGAUAAUUUCCGGUAAUUUCUCUCCAAGGCUACAAACUUUAUUGGAAUUUAAUAUCAUCAAAUGUGGAGCUGUAGUAAAACAUAAAGAAUGUAUAAUUAUUUGCAUACAAACACAUGUAUUUUUAUUUAUGCGCCGAAGAAAACUUUAAUAAAUAUGAGAAAAAAUUAGCUUGUUAUUAUUUAAUUUAAAAUUUUGUUCCACUUGGAAAAAUUUCU